GUAACGGUAGUGUGCGAAAUUUUUCUCUCUAUCACACGCCCACGCGUCCUUCCUUUUUUUCGGAUCUCGCGAUUCGCUUCUCUUCUUUUGAAGCCUUGAAUCCCUCUCCGUUUGCCGACCCAGACCGAGACCGAGACCGAGACCGAGAGAGAGAGAAGGUACCCAAAGCUUCAGAUCUCAUCGCUCUCAGAUAUUAGAUACUGACUUUGUGAUACAACUAGUCUGUAUGGGCACCAUGCUAGAUGCAACUGUAGAUGUUCCCGUGCCGGUAGAGACAAGCAAGUUGCAGGAUGCGGAUGAGAGUUUCCCUGGUGACAAGAAAAUUACUGUAGUUUUUGUUUUGGGUGGACCUGGCAGCGGAAAGGGCACUCAGUGUGCAAAUAUUGUUCAACAUUUUGGGUUCACCCAUCUUAGUGCCGGCGAUCUUCUUCGUGCAGAAAUUAAAUCUGGUUCAGAGAAUGGCACCAUGAUCCAAAACAUGAUAAAAGAGGGGAAAAUUGUUCCUUCUGAGGUAACCAUAAAGCUUCUUCAACGGGCUAUGCGUGAGAGUGGGAACGAUAAGUUUCUUAUUGAUGGGUUCCCUCGCAAUGAGGAGAACCGUGCUGCAUUUGAGGAAGUGAUACAAACUUCUCCUGUCCCACAGACCAAGAUUGAACCUGAGUUUGUACUAUUUUUCGAUUGUUCGGAGGAGGAGAUGCAGCAGCGCAUUUUAGGUCGCAACCAGGGAAGAGAGGAUGAUAACAUUGAGACCAUAAGAAAGCGGUUUAAAGUUUUCAUGGAAUCUAGUUUACCUGUAAUUGAGUACUACAAUUCAAAAGGGAAGGUUCGGAAGAUUGAUGCUGGGAAGCCUAUUGAAGAGGUGUUUGAAGAUGUAAAGGAAAUAUUUUCUCCAUACAGUGCACAAGUGGCUUAGAGUUGCAAGAAGAGUUUUAUUCAGAAUAUUAUCCAAGGCAAGGUCUCCAGAAGUGACCUACAUCUUUGUAGUAUGUAUUGCAAUGUUUGCUUAUGUACACAUACCAGCCGUAGAAUGAUAUUUAUACCUUGUCUAAGCUGGCUAAGUCUUGGUAAUAUUAUCUUAUACUGUAUUCUCUGAAUAAUGUUUUAACAUUAUAUAUAUAUAUAUAUAUAUAUAAAUUUGACA